AUGGCUACGGCUUCCAAAGCCCUUCAAGGGCUACGCAAAUUCACUACUUGCGAUAUUGGCGACGCCCUCGUCAAACUCAAGUACCCUUAUGGAGGCUUCCUCGACGGGCUUCAAAUGUUCUCACCCGGCCAGACGGGGACUCGUAUCUUUGGGCCUGCAAUCACUGUCAAGAUGGUGGAAACUCGCAGUCCGGGCCCUAACCCUCCCACACAUUUUGCCGACACAAAUGAAGAAGGCCAUAUCAUGUACAUUCAACAACCCAAAGGCCUACCGUCAGCAUGUUGGGGUGGACUUAUGUCUACAAGAGCAAAAAAACUUGGAGGUUUAGGGGUGAUUGUUGAUGGUCGGAUAAGAGAUGUUCAAGAGCACAAGGAUAUGCAAUUUCCAGUGUUUGCUCGUGGGACUUCAGUUCUGGGGUCUAACACCUUCACCAGGGCAUCUGAAAUCAACGUUCCACUUCAAUUCAAAGGAGAUUUGUGGGUGUAUCCUAAGGAUAUUUUAGUUGGAGAUGAGAAUGGAGUUGUUGUAGUACCUCCUUCCCUGAUAGAGCAAGCUGUUGAUCUGUGUCAGGAACGCUGGGAAAUUGAUGAAAAGACAUUUGCCGCGUUGUAUGCCGGAGAGCCAAUGGGGCCUACAAUCAAGAAAUUACGGAAGUAA